AUGGAGGGCAGCAGCGGAGUGGUGGUGCCGGCGCCGGUGGCGCCACCACACUCGUGGGAGUACCACCUGCGGAAGUACCUCGCGCUGCUGGCCACGCUGGUGGCAACGUCUACGUACGCGGCGGGGCUGAGCCCGCCGGGUGGAGUCUGGCAGGAGAACAACCCGGGGGAGCAGGCCGGGGUCCCAAUUCUGUACCACUCUCCCCGGUACCUCGCCUUCUUCUACUUCAACGCGACAGCCUUCGCGGCGUCGCUUGUCGUCAACCUACUCCUCCUCGUCCUGAACGAGAGCCGGACGGCGUGGCUCUCCGUGCUCCGGCUCGUCAUGGUGCUGGACCUGCUCGCCCUCAUGGGGGCCUUCGCCACCGGGAGCUGCGAGGACCUGCCGACCACCGUGUACGUCUCCACGCUGGUUAUCGCUCUCGCCGUCUACGUCGGCAUCAAAAUCCUCCUAGAUUGGCACGAUAAGGAGGCCCCCGACGACCCGCUCGAGUUCAACGAGCAUCGCAAGGAGCUGCUCGUGCUGGCGACGUUCGCCACGGGCCUCUCCUUCGCCGCCGGCCUGAGCCCGCCCGGCGGCUUCCGCGACGACGCCGAGGGCGACCAUGACGCCGGAGAUCCGAUCCUUAAGGCCCAACACUCCCAGCGCCUGAUGGCCUUCUUCUACUGCAACACCACGGCGUUCGUGGCGUCGCUGCUCGUCAUCGUGCUGCUGCUGGGCCGCAGGAUGCAGAAGUACUACGGCAAGAUUCAGCUGUACGGGUUCAUCCUCGUCGUGCUGCUCGGCCUCCUGGGCGCCUACGCCGCCGGGAGCUCUAGGAAGACGGACACGACGGUCUACGUGGUCGUUCUUGUCGCGGCUGUCCCAGUGUACAUCCUCGUCGUGAUGGUGAUAAGGGUUAUGAUGCCUGUCUCGGAACCUCCCAAGAAUAGCGACUCCGAUGAGGUACGACUCAAGAGCAUCUCCGAAAGCCCUUCGCCGGCGCGCGAGUCGCCAACAGUAGGCCCAAUCUCUGAGUCGCCAGCAGUAGAUGAGGUGAGCGAAGGCAUCGGGAAGGCCCAAUCUCUGAUGCUGCUGCUCGCCACACUCGCCGCCACCAUCACUUACCAAGCUGGCAUGGACCCGCCCGGCGGCGUCUGGCCGAGUGACGCUCUGGAGACGGAGCCACCCCACAAGGCCGGCGACCCGAUCCUCCUGUCGACGCACGCGGCGCGCUACAAGGUGUUCUUCUACUGCAACUCCACCGCGUUCGUGGCGUCCUUGGUGGUCAUCCUCAUGGUCCAGAACAAGGGCCUGAUGAGAGGGCACGCGCUGGAGGUGGCCAUGAUACUGGACCUGUUCGGCCUCAUCGGCGCGUACGCCGCUGGGAGCUGCCGCGACGUGAGCACCUCCAUCUACGUCAUGGCCCUGGCGGGCGGCGUCCUGGUCUACGUCGUGAUCCACGUCGUCUUCUUCACGCUGGACCACGAGAAGCUCAGCGACGAGGAGAAGAGGAGGAUCCACAAGCGGCGCAAGCGGCUACUGCUCCUCUCAAUCCUGGUGGCCACCAUCACCUACCAGGCCGGCCUCACCCCGCCGGGCGGCUUCUGGACGCAGGACGGCAAGACCCCAGAUGGUCACGACUACAGCGCGGGGUCCGCGAUCCUCGGAGACGUCAGCGGCGAGUACCGGAGGAGGUAUUUGGCCUACUUCUACUGCAACUCGACGAGCUUCAUGGCGUCCAUGGCGCUCAUCCUCAUGCUAGUGAACCCGAACCUGUACCGGCCGGGCAUACGGUCCUACGCGCUCUACGUGUGCAUGGUCGUCGCAGUGUUCGGCCUGAUGGGCGCCUACGCCGCCGGGAGCGCACGGCAGCUGCGGACGUCCAUCUACGUCUUCGUUCUCGUCGGUGCAGUGGUGGCCUUCAUCCUCAUCCAGCUGCUAAUGUUCUUCAAAUUGCACCAAAUUUGCGGCCCCGCCAAAUCGAAGAGGUCAUUUCCCCCGCUACAGCUACAAUCGCCCAAGCCCAAGCCCAGCCCGGAGGAGAGCUCCAAUUCGAGCCGCCGGAAGUACCUGAUGCUGCUGGCGAUCCUGGCGGCGAGCGUCACCUACCAGGCCGGCCUCAAACCGCCGGGCGGCAUGUUCGAGGACGGGGAUGCCGCGGGGAACCCGGUGCUGCGGGUGAGCGACCUGGUCCGGUACCGGGUCUUCUUCUACUGCAACUCUGGCUCGUUCGCGGCGUCGGUGGUCGUCAUCGUCCUGCUGCUGCAGGAGUUUCUGCACGGCCAAGCGUACGGCCUGUUAAUCCACGCCAUGAACACGGCGAUCGUGCUGGACGUGCUGGGACUCCUGGGCGCGUACGCCGCCGGGAGCAGCCGGGAGUGGGACACGUCCGGGUACGUCAUCGCGCUGACCGCCGCCGUGCUCGCCUUCCUCGCGGUGCACCUCGUGAUCUUCCUGAGCGGCCGGAGUGGCAAAGGGAAAGUGAGCAGUGUGCAGCUGCAGCCUGAGCCGAAAGUAUUAAGGAGGUGUGCCUCAUCCCCGGCCGUGCUGAAGCUCAGUGUGCAACUGGUCUCCAUUUCUUGUGUAGCUUAG